AUGAGACGCCGAUGGCUUCUCGAGCUGAUUCUCCUGAGUCUCGUCUCCGUCGUCCAGUUCCAGAAGAUAUCCACAAAUUCUAGCGAUGUCCUCGCCGACGCGUUAGAGGUUAAUAAAGAAUAAAGUGGCGUAAGAAUAAAUCUAAUUAUUUCGGAGAAAAGCGAAAAACACCAUUUCUUUGUGAAUCUACUUUUUUCAGCAUACAGUGUUCGUUACCGGAGUUAAAAUUAUUUUCAAUGUUGAGGAAACAAAAAUACCAAACACAUUUCUCAAAGGUUCACUUUUAAAAACCACCUAGUGACGUCCAAAAAAAUGGGCCACCAUUUGAGUUUCUCUGAAAAUUAAUGAAAUUUUUGGGAAUUUCAGAAGCGCUAAAAAAACGAAUUUUGUUAAAUUUUGUUUCUAUGAUUUCUAUUGAUAAAAAAUGCACGAAAGUGAUGAAUAUCUUGCAGUAUAUCCAAAGCCUGGCGCACGAUGACACGGGAAAAAACGAAGAAUCAGCUGCCGCCAAAAAAUACCACUACCAUUUGCUCGGAAUCAGAGGGAUCAACUACGAACUGAACGGCACCGUCCCAUUCUUGACCUGUCAGGUUGAUAACCCGAUGGGAAACUGUUCCAACAGAAGCGUUUACAGUACCUGAAUAGGACGGAAUGCGAUCCGGAGGUACGGUCAGACUGCCCAAGAACCAUCAAUUGUUACCUGGAGAGGAUGCAAAAGGUGCUCGCUUGCCUCGGCGUCUACUCCUACGUCCCUGAACCAGCUCAUGUCAGUCAAUCAAUAUCGAUCUAUAAUCGUUCUGUGGCUCUAGUCGUAGAUUUAUUCUACAGGAGGUGAACAAGGACUUUUAAAGCAAUACCGAACCUGUAGCGAAGUCCAAAUGUGUAGUUGACCCAGUUUAAAGCAUGAUCUUACGGCCAUUCGCCUCAAGAAAAAAGGAACCGUUUCAGGUCGACAACAACUCGCUGAUCGUCUCUGUGCCCUACAAGGACAUCAGCUACCUCGGCUGCUUCAGCUUCCAAGGCGACACCAAAAGCAGCUAUUGUGAUCAGGACGAGGUUUUCAAAUCGCUACAUUUACCUACUAUUAUCCAAGUCGGCUCUUUGGUUGGUAGGCGGCAAUUUGAUCAAUUCUGAAGGGAAUUCCCAAAUUAAAAAAUGACCUUUCAUCUAAGUUAAAAACGUUAGCAAAUUGACAUCUGUGAUUAAGACGAAAGAUUAAUAUUGAUUGACGAAAACUUGUGGAUACUCCGAUUCAUACUUUUGCGAAUCAAGAGUAUUUCUCGGAAAGCUUCCAAACAACUGUUCUGACCCGGGGAUUGCAGUGCGCGAGCAAGCGAGCCCAGAUGAUCAAGCCGACGAUGGUCCCGGGCAACCGGUCGCAGGGCUACGGCUUCUGUUGCUGCCACACGCGCGAGUGCAACCGCGGCGACGGCGUCACCAUGCCCAACCCCUACCACAUCAACGUCACCGGUCAGUUGUUCGCCGCCCCGUCCGAACCUUGACCCUCUCUGACUGUAGGUUGGCGGCGCAACGCCAGUCGCGCAGAACUUGAAGAAAUCGAAGAAGUUAGGCGCGAAUUGUUCGGCUUCCCGUAGAACUCGUUUCCGUUUCCGAAUAAUUCAAUAAUUGAUAAUGUUGAACCGAGUGAGACUUGCUGUGCGACUUUUCCUUGUGAAACGCUUAAAUUAACCGAGUGAAGUUUCCGCUUAAAUUAUCAUUCUUUUUGGUUAAUCUAAUAUAAUUUAUUCUUGUUAAGUUUUUAUUUUUUCGCAGUCGUCGGACAUUUCCUGGAAGUCAUAAAUUUAAUUAAGACCACGCUUUGUCUGCAUGUCUAGGCGUUUGUUAAUUAUUAACUAUCGUUUUGCCCUUUUCUAGCCAAGUUUUCUCUCUUUUUUCUCGUUUUGCACUUUACUUGAUUAGGUAAUAAUGAUUGGAAUAAAAUUGUUAAACAAGGGGAGAAAAAGAAACACCGGAAGAGGGAGUUUUUAGAAGUCUUUUUAACCGAGUAUUUUAUAGAAGAAUAUAGUUUUCUUUAUUCGUUUUCGGAAUUUUUUUCUAAUAAAGACAAGCCUUUUCAUACUUUAGAAAAAUUGGAAAUAAAAAAAAGUAAAUUUGAUUAGCUUGAUGUCGUGAGGAGAAGUAAGUAAGAAAGGAAACCUUUGAAUAUUUUUCAAAUUUUCAGAAGUUUAAAAUCAAGGUUUCCCUCCUCAAACCGUUCAUUCGGCAAUUAUUUAAUAAGACUCGUUAAAGGAUUCGGGAAAGAGUGUUCGAGAUUAAUAGGUAUAGGAAUUUCACUAGAAUUUAUGUCCCGAAAUGGUCAAGAAUGAAGUUUAAGUUUUUGAACUUUCAACUGGGAAAAUCUUUCUUAGUUGAAAUCUAAGUAGAAUGAGAACUUACCGACAGUGUAAAUAAGUAUUAUAUUCGUUGAAACAGCCGAAAAGAAUCAUUUCGGAAGAAAAAUAAAAUAGAAUGAAGUUUGCAAUUAUCCAUGAGGACAAAGCUACUCAAGUUCAUGAACUGAAACCAUUACUCUCUUACAGAAUGGCCAGCAAAGACGGAGCCGAAGGUGAUCCCGGCGGCGCCACUGAACAGCGCCUACAACAAGCUGGUCUACCUGUCGAUCGCCCUCCUCUGUGUGACGGUCACCGUCGCCGCGCUUCUCAUCGGCUUCCACUUCAGACGUCGUUUCUCGCAGAAAGCCAAAGCCGUAGGAGCCAUCAACGCCUUCUCCCACUCAAAAUUUUCGCCUCAGAACCAGCGAAACAACGGCUCGAACUCCAUGGGCGGCACCGGAUCCAUGCAGGAGAGUCUUUUGAUGGAGGAACGACCCAUGAACGGCUACAUCGUUCCGAAGGAGAGGAAGAAGCUCAGCGACUUCCCCGUCAGACCUGUUCUCAACAUCGAUUCAAACUCGUUGGUGGUGAGUUUUUGAAUGGUGGAAUGGAAAAGCUCAAGAGUAUUCGGGGGUUACAAAUAAUUUCAAUUUUCAAUUUCAAUUUCUUAAGUCUUUUUUUUUUGUUACAAAUAACAUUUUUUAUUUUGACACAAAAAGCCGCUUUCAUUAUUUUUUAAAUUAAAAAAAAGACUUUUCUGACUUUAAACAGUUUCUGAUCGCUCAGAAGAAGGAGGAGCCUGAAAAAAGCUUUGAAAAGGCCAUUACCUUUUUACAGCAGUCAAGAGUAACAAAUGUAGGUUUUCCAAAUUACUGCUACAGCAUAUAUCGAUGGGGAGGUUCGGACACGUCUACCGUGGCAUCUGGAAGAAGGACGACGGCACCGAGCAGUUCGUGGCGGUCAAGAAGCACAACGCCUGCGAACUUCAGAGUUUCCUUGCCGAGAGGGUCCGCCUUAUCCUCCUCUUCCAGAAAAAACAGCUACUUUCUCCAGAUCGUAUAUGAGGAGCUGGAAUCUCUUCCCUCUUGGUAUCCGUCCGUUCUACGCUAUCUCGGAGCUCAGCAGGUCGACGGCAGCUAUUGGAUCAUCACCGAAUUCCAUGAAAGACUCAGUCUUUAUGACUUGAUUAAGGUUGAAUUGUGAAUCGUUUGAUAAAUACAAUAAUUCGGGUUGCAGAACCACGUGAUCAGCUUGUCGUCGGCGCUUCGGAUAAUUGUGACGAUGGUGGACGGUCUUCAGUUCCUUCAUGACGAACGUCCUUUCUACCUGGGUGUCUGCAAAUCUGUCUUCAUUCAUCGGUUAGAAUUCGGAAAAUCUAGAAAAAAAGGGAUAGGAAAAAUGAGUAAAUUUCUAGGUAAAGUCUGUUUCAAAAUUGUGGCAAAAGCGUAGAAAGUUUCAUAAACACGGACCUUUGUAGUGCGAACCGGACGUUUUGGAGAAUUUCUAGUGACCACUUUAGUAGUGUCCGCACGCCUAAGGGAGUCGAUCAGAAACGUCCGGAACGGGUCUGGUUUCCGUUACCGAGGUUCCAGAAGUUAUAUUAUUCUUCGAUUUGAAUUAUUUUCCGCGGAGCGCCCGCGUGUUUUAAGAAGAAUGCUCGAAUUUCGGAGUUUAGAAAUAUAUAAAAAAAGGCGUUGAGAUAAAAGAUAGCGCAGACGAUCAGAUGACUAAGAAUCGUGGAGGAUGAUAUCAAUAAUUACAGCGACCUCAAGUCGAAGAACAUACUGAUCCGACGCGACAUGACGGCCUGCAUUGCGGAUUUCGGCCUGGCACGCCGCUUCGACUUCUACCAACUCCGACGCAACAACGACAUCCUCGGCCAAGUCGGCACGCGUCGGUACAUGUCGCCGGAGGUCCUCGAAGGCGCCACGGAGUUCACUCCAGCCGCAUUCAAGCAGAUGGACGUCUACGCGAUGGCUCUCGUGCGUUGAACACACUUUUAAUAUAAUAAUUCCUUCACAGGCAACAAAGACAAUGAUUUAUUUAAUUGAAGUAAGAAAUAUUUUUUGACGGGGCCUUAGAGACCUCACGUACAAGGGAGGGUGCAAUUUAGAAUUGAAAUAAUAAUUAAAGAAAGUCAGUUGGUUGCCGAUUUUAGGCCGCGACGAAAUCCAAGAUAGUAAGAGGGUAGUUACGUAGAGCAACAUAGACGUAGUUUAAAAAGUAUGGAUAUUUCGGAUACAGCAACAUCUGCCGUGGAAUUGAAUUGGAUAAGUCCUGACGAGUACCGAAGACCAUUUUAGAAGAAAACAUGAACAAUUAGAUAUUCUUUAUGAGAUCAAAAAGAUUGUUGAUACUUCUAUGACUUACUCUGUUCAGUGCAUGUGGGAAGUGCUUUCGAGGACGCGGAUCGAUCCUCACGAACACGUCGGAGAGUACAUGAUGCCCUAUGAAGACGUCGUCGGCGGGAACCCGCAGAUCGGGGCCAUGAGGGCCGUCGUCGUCAGCCGGAAGUUGCGGCCAAUGUUCCGGCAGCAAGUCUUCCAGAAUAAGGUACUAGGAAGAAGUUGGAAGAGUAUUGGGCGAUACUCAGGAAGUCCUAAAAAGCUUAUUUUUUCUCGGAAGUACUUACAAGGGCCUGUUUAAUGAGGUUUGAAAUGUUCUGAAAAUUGCUCAAACAAUCUCAGGCCGAGAAUCCGUGUUGUUUUUCAUUCUAAGAUGAAAAUCGGAGAUUCUCAAGAAAUAGCUCUAUUUUACAGCUCUCCAACGAGGUGCGCAAGUCGAUCGAAGAAAUGUGGGAUCCUGAAGCGGACGGCCGAAUCACAGCAGGAUGCGCCUUCCAGAGGAUGUGGCGACUCAGCUUCGACGACCUUCCCGAAGAGGGAUCCGCCCAGUCUUCCGUCCCGGAUCCCAUGAUGUCCUACCACACGGCAGUCUCAUUAAGCGACGAGGCUGCUUUCAUCCACAUCGAAGGUUCGUUUCAGAGGAAUCCGUAGUUCAAUUAGGACUGGAAAGAUUACACUACUUACGGUACCAUUAUGGCAAAGAAAGUUUAAUCGAUAAAAUUCUGGUAUAAGCUGGAAGUUUUGAUUUUGAAAAAAAACCGUGUAAUUUUUUCAGGGGAAAGGCCGCAGGCGACGAACACGCGACCGCAUCCGUCCCGAGACCCCUUCCUCGACGUGCCUCUGCCGCCAGCCGUCCCACGACUCGGAGGCGUCGGUGCGGAGGCCUUCGCCAACUGGGACAACACCCGACCCAGCAACACCGUGGACGGCAAGAAGGAACUCGUCUAUGACACCGUAACCCGACGUCUUCUAUCCGACGACAACCGACCGCGUCCACGCCGCGAAUCCAGCCACAGUACUACCACCCCGGAAACAUCUUCCUCCUUCUAG